AUGGCCUUCCACCACGGCCCCAAGUGGACGCCCCAGGACCUGGAUGCCGCCGCCCUGACGGGGAACGAGGGCGCCGAGGUGGACAUGGAGCGGGUCCUGGUGGAGGACGAGGGGGCCCGCCUGCUGGAACGUGAGGCCCAGGGGGACCAGGAGGGCCAGGAGGCGCCGGGCCCCUCUCGGCGCGAGGAGGCCAUCGAGGUGAUCAAGCUGCUGACCUCCGGCGGCCUGGCGGGGGCCAUCUCCAAGACGGCCACUGCCCCCCUCGCCCGCCUCACCAUCCUGUACCAGGUCAAAGGGCUGAGCGCACAGACGAUGCAGGGGUCGCCCGCGUCCGGCAGCGUGCUCCGCGCCCUGCGGGAGAUGGCGGCGCGCGAGGGCCUCUCCUCGCUCUGGCGCGGCAACGGCGUGACCAUCGUGCACCGCCUGCCCUACUCCGCGGCUAACUUCUGGGUGUAUGAGCAGGUGAAUGAGCAGUGGAAGCACAUCAUCCCCGCCCAGGGGACCCUGGCCGCGGCGGACGUGACCCGGCGCUUUGUCGCGGGCGGCAUCGCCGGCCUCACCGCCUGCACCCUGGCGUACCCGCUGGAUCUGGUGCGCACGCGGCUGGCGGCGCAGGUGGGCGCCCCCGUCUACUCCGGCAUCGGCGCCACGCUGGCGGCCAUCGUGCGCGAGGGCGGUGCGCGCGGGCUGUACCGCGGGCUGGGCGCCACGCUGGCCCAGGUGGCGCCCAGCCUGGCCAUAAACUACGCGGCCUACGAGACGCUGCGCUCCGCCUGGCUGGGCGGGGGCGCGCCGGGGUCACGGGGGGAGGUGCCCUCCGUCCCCGCCACGCUGGCCUGUGGGUCGCUGGCGGGGCUGGUGUCCUCCACCGCCACCUUCCCGCUGGACCUGGUCCGACGCCGGCUGCAGCUCCAGGGCGCGCACGGCGCGGCCGACGUCUAUGCCUCCUACGCAGGCGUCUUCCGCAGCAUCGCGGCGCGGGAGGGUCUGCGCGGCUUCUACGCCGGCAUCCUGCCCGAAUACUACAAGGUCGUGCCGGGGGUGGCCAUCGCCUUCUGCAGCUAUGAGCUCAUGAAACGCACGCUGGGGGUGCAGACCAACGCCACGCAGCGGUGA